CGAAAUACGACGCACGGGCACAUUAAUUUUCCGAACGUAUUUUAAUAUUGUCAUGUAAAUAAAACAAUCAACAUUAUAAAUUGAUUGUGUGUUCGGAUGAAAGCCAGCCUAGAAACAGCUUUUAACGUUAAUCGUUGUUGUUGUAAUCUCUCUUAAAUAAUUGCAAGUGAUUCCUGUGACACGAUGCAGAUGAAAACUUUCAAAUACACGAUAUGUAUAUAAAUAUGUAUGCAUAAUUAUAUGUGGGUCAAGGUAGACGAUGGUCAUAGAAUCUCCAAAAUAUGAUGCUGGCACUUGUGCAUUGCGUUAUUUGGCCUGUCGGUUUCCAGAAUUGUAUUUGUCGGGAAAUACAAUCGAUAGGCACCCAUAAAUGUAAUAUUAAAUAGUAGAGUUUUCCAUUGAUUGAAUUAUCCAAGUUGCUCUACCUUUUCAUCAACACACACACACACACCUCGUAUACAUUUGGAUUCCGAAGACUGAAUGUACAGUGACAACUGCGUUUGGAAGGCACAGAAUCUGGUUGUAUUAAUACAAAAAAGGAAAACCCCUUUUGAUGGUUACCGCCUGCAAAAGGCUGUCCAGAGGAGAGCCCCCGGCGAUCACAUUCUAAACAGUCGUGCAUCCAAGGACAAGAUGUAAUCCUGAUGUGAAACACAGCAUCCGAAUUAGUAUUUAUUGCACGAAUAAUAAUAUUACGAUGGGAGCCAACAGUUCGAGCAGCAGCUAUCCCACGCUCGCAUCAGGUGGCGGAGGAGGAAGCGUGGCAAAUAAUAAUUCUAGCAACAAUCCCAAUGGAAACGUAUCAGCAGUCGUCCUGCCCAUGAGCAUGGCCGGGAUGUCAACGGCGGGCGCUGUGGCAAUGACAACUGGCAGCGGCAGCUUGGGCGGCGCGCCUGGGAUUGUCAUCAGCGGUGGUGGUGGUGGUGCAGGCGGGGCGGCGGCACAACAUUAUCAUCAUCGCGAUCAAAGGCGGAAGCGGGCUACGGGCUUUGCCACACUCAAGCGAAAAUUCAUACGUCGCAGACGCUCAUCAAAGGCUUGUGAUCACGCGCGCGUCCUACGAGAUUUCGUGUCCGAUUGGGCGCCCAUUGAACUGGCCGCCCUCUGCGAGGAGUUUGAAGCCUUGUCAGCCCUGAGGGACUUGUCGGUGCAAGCUGAGCUGGCACGCCCGCCGGCCACAACGUACAAACAGGAUCUGGCCGCUCUCUAUGACCAAACAUUGUGCACGGACUGUGACCUUGUGUUUCGGGGAACGAUAUUCUCAGUCCAUCGUUCGAUAUUAUCAGCACGAUGUGUGUAUUUUCGAGACCUGCUGGCCGGAUGUCCGGGCUUCGGAGCGCGUAUCUGUCUUGAGUUACCUACAUCGCCCAUAGAUGUGCAACUGUUUUCGUCGUUAUUACGCUACCUAUACACCGGUGACCUUUGUCCGCACGAUCCCAACAUCGAUGUCACACUCUUGCGUCAGCUGGGCAAGGAUUUUGGGACACCAAAUCCGCUGGAACACGAUCUGCGCUAUCUGCUGGAAACGGGUGACUAUGCGGAUGCGGCACUUGUCUUCACAGCGGACGGAUCCAAUGAUUAUCUCCGGCAAGACUCUGGGACAUCGGAGUACGGGUUCCGGCCAAAGAUUGAGCUGCCAUGCCAUAAGGCGGUGCUGAGCGCCCGCUCUCCGUUCUUCCGCAAUUUGAUAGCGCGUCGCACGCGGAAUAUUGACGAGUAUGUGGAGCGAUCGCUGCAUGUGCCCACGCGGAUUGUGCUGGACGAAACGGUUAUACCGAAGCGCUAUGCCCGAGUUCUGCUGCAGGCCAUCUAUCUGGAUUCGGUGGACUUGAGCUUGAUAUUGCGAGGCGUGGGAUCGGGGACAUCGGCGGGAUCCCUGGGCGAGGUGCAUGCCCUGACCAAUACGGGACGUGUGCGACCCACCACGCUGGAGGAGGCCAUGGAACUGUAUCAGAUUGGGCGGUUCCUAGAGCUCGAUAUAUUGGCUCAGGGCUGUGAGGACCUAAUACUCGAAUGGCUAUCGAUUGAGACGCUGCCCACGGUCCUCAAGUGGGGAUGCCAGCCGCAUGGAUCGGCCUGGGUCUUCCGCCAGGCGUGCCAGUAUCUGCGCGAAGAGUUCUCCGCGGUGAGCGCUUCGCCGGUGCUGCAUCAGUUGGACAAGGCACAGCUAAUACACAUUUUGCACAGCAAUUUUCUGCAAGCCUCCGAACUGGAGGUGCUGCAGGCUGUCCUCAAAUGGGGCGAACAGGAGCUCAUCCGACGCAUGGAGGAUCGUGAGCCCAAUCUGUUGUCGCACACCGCCCAUUCGGUGGCCCGCAAGGGUGUGAAAAAGCGCGACCUGAGUGACGUUGAGUUGCGGGAAAUACUCUCGGAACUGUUGCCCUUGGUGCGCAUGGAUCAUGUCCUGCCGCCGCACUGCGAGGUCCUCUGCCAGGCCAUUCGUCGGGGUCUGGUGAGCACACCGCCCUCGCACAUGAUUGGUGACGACAGGGAGAAUUUACGGAUCAAUGCCUGGAUUCGGGGCGGCAAGAAUCAGGGAUUAUACGUUCGCCCGCGUCUCUUUAUGCCGUAUUUCGAGGAGGUGAAGGCGCUGCUCCAGGAUCGCAUGACCUCCUCCCAUCACCAGGCGGAACUAAUGCGAAUGCGACGCUCCCGACAUGCCCCCGACAUCCCGGACACCCUGUACAUGGUGUCGCAUAUGAAGUCAAAGGUGAACAGUGAUCUCAGCGCUAACGAAAGCCGAAGGAGUACUGGCGACGGCCACCUGGACAUGAUGCUGCGGGGAGGCGGAGCAGCUGCUAUACCGCCGCCGGAUAACCAAACCCUGCUGGCGAUGCGCAAACGGGAGCACAAGCUCCGCCAGUCGCCGAUGUGCCAGCGAGCCUUGUUGCUGCCGUUGUCGUCGAAGCAUGAAAUCGAUCGGCAAAUUCGUUUGCGGGUUGUCCGCGAGUUCAAUCUGCCGGAUGAGGUGUCCGAUCUGUUGGAGCACUCACUGCUCCAGGCCAACGAGGGCCGCGGCGGCGGCGGCGGUGAGACGCAUUCAGCGGAGGAGACCUGCGGCGGGCUCGUUGUGGCCUCGACCACUCAAACCGAGGACUGUUUGCUGGAGGACGAGGAUCAAAGUCCGCCGCCAUCGCCAGCGGCCACGGGAUCAAUUCCGCGGCACACAAAUGUUGCGGCACCUGCCGCCGCAUUUCUAUCCUCCUCGUCGAUGGGCUCAUCCAUAUCGUCGUGCGGCACAGACAUUGCCGCUCACCCGUGCUAUAGCCGCAAUCUCACCUUCCCACGCCACCACUCGAACGGUCUAAUUGGCGUGGCCAGUAUUUUUGGAUCCACCUCGGGCCCAGCGGCUCUGCAGUGCAGCUAUGCGCGGCUCUCGUCGACGGUGCAUCAUCAUCAGCGCAACGAUCUGCCCGCCUUGAUUACCGAGGGAGACUUUCGGUUCCCGCAUGGCGGCGGCAAUGGUCUGGGGCUGGACAUGGGCAUGGGCGCCGAGGGUGGCGGCGGUGGUGGAGGUGGCGUCGGCGGCGGCGGUGCUUGUGGCCUGGACACAGGCAAUAGUCAUCUUUCCGAAAUGAUGCCGGAUGUGGCGAUGGCUACAGCCUCAUUGGGGCAGCUUCAUUUGACAAGCGGCAAUGGAGGCGGAGGAGGUGGUGGUGGCGGCAACGGCGGCGGCAACGGAAGUGGUGUGCGCGGCAAUGGACAUGGACAUGGACAUGGACGCGGUGCAGUUGGCAGUAGCAACGACAUGCCCGAGAGUUUGCAAUUAGAUUUGGGCGAUGGGCCAAGCCCACAUAUAAUUGGGAAUGCAGCUAGUGCUAUGACAUUACGAAAUAUACAGCAUCAACUGCCACAGAAUAACUAUCAUCACUUUAUGCAACGUUCGAAUUCGCCAUUUGAAAUCGUGCGGCAGGGGCAGCCAUCGCCAACAUCACACCAUCCCCAGCAACAACAUUCCGGGACAUUCAAUUCCGGACCCCCAAGGUUUUUAUAGAGGUUGCGAGUGGCCCCCGAUCACGGUCAUUAUUUUAGCAUGCCUUUCUGAACAAAAAAUCCAAUAAAAUUAAAUCUAAAACAGUCUAGACAAAUAAAAAAUACAAAAAUAAAUAAUA